UAGCGGAUGAUCGGCCCCCUAGCGGAGCAGGCCGAGGAGGCCCUGACACCUGCCCCAAUGCUGCGGUUGCAACGGAGACAGAAGGCUCGGAGCUGCCCCCUCUCGGCCGCCUUCUGAGGACUUUCCCGGAUAGUAGGCCCUGAGCUGCAGCUCCCAGGGCCGGCGGUCACUACUGGACUACAGCAGCGUUGUCUCCAUCACCACCCCCAGUUCACAGACCUAUGACCGUGUGAGCAAAGCCACCCUUACAACAAUGUGCAUCAUCUUCUUUAAGUUUGAUCCUCGUCCUGUUUCCAAAAAUGCAUACAGGCUCAUCUUGGCAGCCAAUAGAGAUGAAUUCUACAACAGGCCUUCCAAGUUGGCAGACUUCUGGGGGAACAACAAUGAGAUCCUCAGUGGACCUGUGCAACCUAGUGUGGGACCUAGUGGCGGCAGCACUGACCCUCUGAGGAGCUGUAUGUCCUGGCAGAGCUAUGGAACACGUCUCAUGAGGACUGUCAUGGGAACUUGGCUGAUGGUAAUGCUGUCAUCUGCUCUAGGACUCGACAUGGAGGAAGGCAAGGCAGGAGGAACAUGGCUGGGCAUCAGCACACGUGGGAAGCUGGGGGCCCUCACCAACUAUCUGCAGCCCCAGCAAGACCCAUAUGCCCGUGGUAGAGGUGAACUUGUGACUCACUUUCUGACCGGUGACAUGGACAGCCUUUCCUACCUGAAGAAGGUCUCUACAGAGGGCCACCUGUACAACGGCUUUAACCUCCUGGCAGCUGACCUGAGCACAACAAAAGGAGAUGUCGUUUGCUACUAUGGAAACCGGGGGCAGCCCGAGCCUGUUGUCUUGGCACCAGGAACCUAUGGGCUAAGCAAUGCCCUACUGGAGACGCCCUGGAGGAAGCUGUGCUUUGGCAAACAACUCUUCAUGGAAGUGGUGGAGCAGAGCGAGGCACUCCCUAAGGACACCCUUGUCACCCAUCUCCUAGAUGUACUCAACAAUGAGGAGGCACAGCUGCCAGACCCAGCCAUUGAGGACCAGGGCCGGGAGUAUAUACAGCCAAUUCUGAGCAAGUAUGCAGCCGUGUGUGUGCGCUGCGCCACCUAUGGCACCAGAACCAACACCAUCAUCCUUGUGGAUGCAGAUGGCCAUGUGACCUUCAUAGAACGAAGCAUGCUGGACAAAGACGCCUCUCGCUGGGAGACCAACACCUAUGAGUUCACACUACAGAGUUAGCCCCACUGCAAGGAUGCUGUGCCGCAAGGGUCAGCAAGGAUAGGAACCUUCCAUGGCCACACUGCAUGUCUGUGACUCAGCCAGCAUCCCUAGGACCAGGACCCUCUGAUCUGUGUGUUACCAAUACUUGACCUCAUAACCAGCUCAGGGUUUGUCUAUACCAGUGGGGAAUGGCAGAGUUGACCACUAGGUUUGAGUCAGACCUGGGUGUGUCCUACACAUGUGCCGCACCUCAUGCUCAGUCCCACCACCACCACCACGUACACACUCGUGUGUGCCUGGCUGACUAGCAGGGCAGUGCCUCUCACUUCACACUUUUGGCCAGUGAUCUCUUCCCUGAACAAAUAACAGAAACAGGCUUUUUAUAGCAACUGGCCUUCCCUUUCCUGAAUGCAGAGCGCAACUAUGCCUCAGUUCCUCAUGGCUAGACAUGCUCCUGCAGGAGAGCUGGUCAUGUUAGAAACUGAACGUGGCACAAGAAAAACCCACAUGGAUAGAUAAUAGAGAUAAUUGGAGAUCCUGUGGUUCUCUGUGUUAGGGGAUCCUGUGUGCGUUGGUCAGUCCCAUUGUGUGGACCCUGGGGUCCCUUAGACCCCUGCUUGCCCAGUAGGCAUUGUGGGUUCUGAGCAGGACCAUCUCAGCAAGUGGCUAAGCCAGCCCCUGCCAUCUCCCGUCUCCCUCUUCACAAGCUGGACUUCAUGUGAACAUGAGUUGUUGAUAAUAAAAUGUUGAGCUUGUGAUGGGUAAGGGU